AUGCAUAUGGACGUGGGGGGCACAGCGAGCAGGGUCGCGCCAAGCGAGGAGGAGGGCGGCGCGGGCGGCACUCGAAGCGACGAAGAAGAGUCUGUUUUCAGUGAGGAUUUCGAUGACGACGGCAGCGAGGAUCCGGACCUGCCACAAGUACAAGAUCCCGGCCUCGUCGGGAUGCUGAAUUUCGCACUGGUGGAAGAGCUCAGCCCGGAUAUUUCGAAGGCCGUGCACCUGUCGGACUGCCUCGAGGGGUUUGGCAAGCACUGGCAGGGGCAGAUCACGGGUGGUUUGGGACACAGCCGGAGCGUGCAGGAGAAAGCUCGGCAGACAACGCAGAUUGACGAUUUCAUCUCUCACGACUGGUCAACCAACGGCACAGCGAAGUUUAUCACUCUGUGCACUCUCUACAACGCAAAACCGGCGAUCAUCGUUGCCGUUCUGGUCUCCGUCGCUGGGGGAGUUCUGGAAACAGCUUUUGAGGAGCUCCGAUUCUUGCCAGGGCUCUUUGUUGUCAUCGGACGUGAGAGGAUGGAAGUGCCGUCAGCAGGAUGCUUCGGGCUCCUCUGUGGUAUGUGUUGCUUGGUGUCGCAGCGAGCUUCUUUGCGCAUCUCUGCAUGUUUCACUGCUUUGCACGGUUUGCCAGAGCUGCCAGCAAAAGGUUCGUACGUGCUGACGUUGUGCUUCUGGCAGCGUCUGCAGCAUGUGGCUUCAUGGCUGCAUAUAGGUGCUCGUGUUGCUGCCAGCUUCACACGGAAAUGCUUCACAAGUGUGCCUGCUCGGAGAAGGACGACAAGCAGAGAGCAUUCGUGA